CUGUCAUUGAUAGGCUGUAGAUAAGCGUAAUAAUUGCUACCAUGAUAUAAAUAUACGACUUGCCGUUUCAACAGUUCAAGAGUUCACCAGAGUUCAUCAGCAGUUCAAUGACAUUUGUAUUCAUAAAGUAGUUGAUCUGUAAAUAACGAGUUACAUUGUAUGUCACGUGUGUUAUUGACAGAUGUUUUUGUUAUUCAGAAGAAACAGUUCACAGACUUCGAUAUAGUUUUAACUGUAAACAAAAUCGUUCGCUAUUACUACGAUGGAAUCCGUUGACAGAAGACCAUUCGUCCAAGCUUUGGCGGGAGACAAACAAAAAAAGGUAUGCCACAUUCUACAGGACCUAAUCUUCACAGAGGAACAUAUGCAGAAAUUUAUGUCGACUUUUGAAGAACAAAUAAAUUAUGCAAACAAUCCGAAUGAAUCUGAACAAAAGAAAUCUGACCUUUGGUGGGGUUACACUUAUGUCAGUGGUGUUUUACAAGGCAAUGAAAACGGUAAAUAUAUAGGCUUAGAUUUGGGAGGAACCCAUUUUAGAAUAAUAUUGGUAGAAUUUGUAAACGGAAUAGCAGAAACAACAACAAAAUACUUCAACAUACAUAGACAGCUUUUAACGGGACCAUGUGAGAAGGUGUUUGACCAAAUAGCAGCAUCUAUACAAACUUUCUUACAUGACGAAGAAGUAAGAAAUGACAAACCUAUCCCUCUGGGUUUUACAUUUUCCUUUCCAUCAGAACAGACUAGUCUAAAACAUUGUACUAUAAAAACUUGGACAAAAAGUUUUCAGUGUACCACCGGUGUAGGGUUAGACCCUUGUAUUCUAUUAGAGGACGCCCUUCACAGACUUGGGGGUGUAUCACCUGCAGUUAACGUAGUAGCAAGGAUAGGAGAUUCAACGGGGACUUUAAUGGCAUCAAUAUAUGCAGACAAACAAUGCACAGCUAGUUUAAUAUUAGGGACUGGAUCAAAUGCAUGUAUAGUGGAAGACAGAGCACGAUAUAAAAGAGUUAGCACAGAAGAUGCUCAUUCAGACAAGAUUCUUGUUGACGUUGAAUGGGGAGCUUUAGGAGACAAUGGAUGUUUAGAUUUUUACAAGAAUGAAUUUGAAAGAGAAAUCAAUAAGUUCUCUAACCACCCAGAUUCGUAUACAUUAGAAAAAUCCUUCAGUGGAAUGUAUAUUGGUGAACUUGUUAGAUUGUGUUUAGUAAAAUUGAUAGAUAAUAAAACCCUUUUUAAUGGAAAAUCUUCCAAGAAAUUAGAUACUCGAUGGUCACUCAAUGCCAAAAGUGUGGCAUCUAUUGAAAGCGAAACAGAUGGUAGCAAUAACAAUACUCUGAAUGUUCUGAAAGAAUUUGAUUUACAUGGCAAUGACACACGUGUUACAGAAGAAGAUAUCGGUCUAGUCAAAGAAGUGUGUUACUUAGUGUCACAGAGAGGUGCAUACAUUGUAGCGACAGCUUUAACAGUGCUUUUAAAGCGUAUGGAAAAGAAAGAAAUAUCAGUAGGUAUUGAUGGUUCCCUGUACGAACAUCAUCCCAACUACCAUAAACACAUGCUGGAAGUAUUAAACAGAUUACUGCCUGACGUUAAGGUUAAGUUAUUUCUUCUCAAGGAUGGUAGCGGUGAAGGUGCCGCCUUUGUAGCAGCUGUUGCAAUGAAAGAUUUGGAGAAAAAUCAUUGAUCUAUAUCAAUAGUACAAAAUGUAUGACAUUUCUAUGGAAAAGCAUUCUUCAGCUAUAUAAUUCUGAAAAAAAUACAUGCCAUUUCUAUGGAGAAACAUCAUUUAUCUCUUUAUUUCUUACAAAACUCAUGGAGAAACAUUGGAGAAACAUUCUUGAUCUAUGCAUUUAUGACAAAAAUGGAGAAACAUCUUUGGGGUAUGCAUAUCUGACAAAAAUGCAUGACAAUACAACUUGAUCAUUGUUUGUAAUAUAUCAUAUGUAAAUGGUCGAAUGCAUUUGCUAUUAAAAAGAGGAAAUUAUGUUUUGAA